GGUAGCACUGGGGAAGAGGAAGCGUAAGGAGGAUAUCGCGUUGCAACAGUUGCUGAUUGAUCAAGGCGCGCGGCAUGGUUGAACAAUGUGGCUGGAAGAGGUGGCGGAUUUUCUUUUUUACUUUCUUGCGCCUUGGCACAAUACUGGAGUUUUGGUUAGGUUGUUCGCGCUCUCGUGCUGUAUGCAAUUCCGGGACUCAUGGUUGCUUGACCCUUUGCUUUCUUCUUACUUUGCUUUGAAUUGCUCGUCUUUCUUACUUCCCAAGGACCGCCUGGGUGGAAGGUCGAACCCGGCCCGGAACCAUACUCGAUACCCGAUUAGACGAAUAUUUAACAAUACCUUCUUGAUGGCAUUCAUUUGCUAUCUUCCGAUGCUAACAUAACGUUUAAGACAUCAACUCAUUCUUUUCGUACGCUGCUAAUCUCGGCUGAAGUAAAACCCAAGAAAUGAAACCUAUAUCAUGCCAACCCACCCAAUGUACCAGUGAACGCCAAUUUC